AUGCGAACAUCGGUGCCCAAAGGGGGAGCCCUGCAUGACUCUACCGCUCCCGCUCCGGCUUGUGCAUGUGCUUCAGGCGAUGAAGACUGCGUGUUCUUCCAACUGGACGUCGCUGCAGCCACUGCGUUUCAGCGUACAGUGCCGGAUGAAAUCGCGCAGAGGGCACGGCAGCUCCAGUUGGAGCGACAGGGGCAGCCCGCCGGAAGCUGUGGCUCGAGCAGUGGAGCACCUCCUUGCAUAGUAACGCCUUCCUCCCUUGCCUCCGCUGAAGCAGCGAAGGGGAACUCCCAGGCACCAAUGGUGCGCCUCUAUGGCGUGACAGCGGAUGGGCAAUCGGUUAUGUGCAACAUACACGGCUUCUAUCCCUACUGUUACUGCGAAUGCCCCCCUCCGCUCGCGGCCGCGAUCCGUGCAGCAGCCAAACAGCGAAGUGACACCUGGCAGCAAAAUGCAGUUACGGAGGCUUUGUGUACACUGUUGGAUGACCACGUUUUAAAGUCGCACGCUCAAGGAAAGUCAUACGAUCGACGAAUCGUGGAUGUGCGAUGCGAAGACAAAGAAUCGCUCAUGCACUAUUCACCAUCUAAGGCGAGCCAACUCUUUUUCCGGAUCACCGCAGCGGCUCCACAGAUGAUUGCGGGUUUGCGCGCCUUCAUAGAGAGUGGCAUACGGCUUCUUGUACCUGAUGGUUUUGGUGCGAUGAGCGGUCAGCAGCUGGUGCUCCCGCAGGUAGCCUAUGAGGCGAACAUUCCGUUUGUUCUGAGGUACAUGGUAGACUCGGAGAUCACGGGUUGUUGCUGGAUCCGGGUGAAAGGGGGAAAAUAUGUCGCCCGGCCGGCAUCUCUGCGGGAGAGUCGCUGCCAAGUGGAGUUCGAUGUGCAUUAUGCCGAUAUUGAGGCACUGCCCUUGCGCGGCGAGUUCCAGGCGUUGCCUCCCCUUCGUAUGCUCUCCUUUGACAUCGAGUGCGUUAAAAUGAAUGGCCAGGGGUUCCCGGAGGCUCAGGAAGACCCCGUCAUACAAAUUUCUUCAAUUGUAGAGGAGCACCGCAGCAGCAGUCACAGCAAGGCUACAAACGCCUCGGACGAACCUCUCUGCCGUGUCAUCUUUACACUCCACGAAUGUGCGCCGAUUGCUGGCGCGCUUGUGGUCUGGUUUGACGACGAAUCUGAAAUGCUGAAGAAGUGGGCAGAGUUUUUGCGGGAGGUUGAUCCUGACUUUUUGACCGGCUACAACUGCAUCAACUUUGAUCUAUGCUACCUCCUGACUCGUGCGGCUGCGCUCAAAACAGAGGGUGUAGCAUCUUUAUCGCGUCUCAAGUCUCUCGAAUCCCGCAUCAGUGACACGCGCUUCAGCUCCAGAGCUCUCGGCACGCACGACAAUAAGGAAAUCACGGUCGAAGGACGCGUUCAGUUCGACUUGCUCGAACUCGUGCGCCGCGACCACAAACUGAAGAGCUAUUCUCUCAAUUACGUCUCUUCCGAAUUUCUGAAGGAACAAAAAGAAGAUGUACACUACAGCAUGAUCGGCGACUUGUUCCGUGGAUCCCCUACUACGCGCCGCCGCAUUGCGGUGUAUUGCCUCAAAGACGCCAUGCUGCCUCUGCGGCUGCUGAACAAGCUUUUAUUCCUCUUUAAUUAUGUGGAAAUGAGCCGCGUCACGGGGACGCCCCUCACCUACUUGCUCACCAGAGGGCAGCAAAUCAAAGUAACGGCACAGCUUCUCCGGAAAUGCCGGCAGCUGCAUUACGUGGUGCCGUCCGUCAAAAGAACGGGCGGAGACCGAGACGACAAAUACGAAGGUGCCACCGUAUUAGAACCAGUGAAGGGGUUUUACGAUGUUCCGAUCGCGACGCUGGACUUUGCGUCCUUGUACCCGUCCAUCAUGAUGGCCCACAAUAUCUGCUAUAGCACACUGGUCAAGGGAAACGACAUGAACGCAAUAGAACCUUCCAACCUUACGCACACGACCAGCAACCCGCGGCACACAUUUGUCAAAGCAACAGUCCGGCGCGGCGUCCUACCAAUGAUCGUGGAGGAACUUAUCGCUGCUCGCAAGGUCGCGAAGAAGGAAAUGAGCGAAGCCGAAGACACGUUCACCAAGAGUGUUCUGAAUGGGCGGCAGUUAGCCCUUAAAAUUACAGCGAAUAGUGUGUAUGGAUACACAGGAGCAACGGUCGGCGGCCAGCUGCCAUGCCUCGAGGUUGCCACUUCCAUCACAUGCUUUGGCCGUGAUAUGAUUGAAUACACAAAACGUCGCGUCGAGGAACUCUACACAAGGGAAAACGGCUAUGCCACCAAUGCCGUGGUGGUUUACGGAGACACUGACUCCGUAAUGGUCCGAUUUGGGACGGACUCGAUUGAAGAGGCGAUGAAGCUCGGGCAGAAGGCUGCAAACGAAAUCAGUUCAGAGUUUGUUAGACCUAUUAAACUCGAGUUUGAAAAGGUUUACUGCCCAUUUCUACUGAUGAACAAGAAGCGCUAUGCCGGCCUGUUGUAUACGAACCCGACAAAGUUUGACAAAAUCGACUCAAAAGGCAUUGAGACCGUGCGGCGCGACUUUUCGAUGCUGGUUCAAAUUAUGGUGGACACCGUACUUAAGAAAAUGCUUAUUGAACGAGACGUGGAAAAUGCCAAAGCCUACACGCGCACGAAGAUAUCGGAUCUUCUGCAGAACAAAAUCGAUCUAAGCCUGCUCGUGCAAACUAAGAGUUUGGGAAAGCUUGACUACGACACCAAGCUCCCACACGUUGAGCUGGCGAAAAAAUUGCGGAAACGCGAUCCUGGAACGGCACCUAAUGUAGGCGACCGCGUAUCGUACGUCGUUAUCCAGGGAUCUAAAGGGCAAGCCCAGUACGAAAGGGCUGAAGAUCCGCUUUAUGUGUUAGAAAAUAACUUGCCGAUCGACACGCAGCACUACCUUGAAACGCUCAAGGGCCCUUUGAUGCGCAUUUUCGAAGGGGUUAUGAGCAACCCAGAGAGUCUGUUCAGUGGAUGCCACACCCUGAAGAAAACACUCAUGGUGUCAACACAAGGUGCACUGUCGAAAUUCAUCAAACGUGGCCUUCAGUGCGUUGGCUGCCGCGCUACGAUUUCUGAAGGAGCUUUGUGCAAGCAUUGCCAGUCUCAAGAAGGGCAGAUCGUAGCAUCAAAGGUUAUACAGAUGCAGGGAUUGGAAAAGGAACAUGCCGACUUAUGGACUGAAUGUCAGCGAUGCCAAGGCUCGCUAAUCCAAGACGUAAUAUGCGUAAACCGUGAUUGCCCAAUCUUCUACCGCCGAGCAAAAGUGAAGAAAGAAGUAUCGGUGCUGGAUGAGACAUUACAGCGACUUCAUGCUACAAACGACUGGUGA